AUGGCGGAGAAGAAGGAAGGAGGAAUCGUCAAGAACGGACAUGAAGAGGGGCUCAAAUUGGCGAUUUCACUGCUCGACGAGUUUGAGCUUCCUCAAGGACUCUUACCUCUUGAAGAUGUGAUUGAAGUCGGUUUUGUAAAAGAAACUGGAUACAUGUGGAUCGUGCAAACGAAGAAAGUCGAACAUAACUUCAAGAUGAUCAGCAAGCUAGUGAGCUACAACACUGAAAUAACAGGUUUUGUCAGCAAGAAAUUGAUCAAGAAACUAAAGGGAGUUAAGGCUAAGGAGCUCAUGCUCUGGCCUCCGGUCAGCGAGAUCAGUGUUGGUGACAAAAUUCACUUCAAGAGCCUUGCUGGCAUCACCAAAACUUUCCCAGUCGAAGCAUUUGCAGCUGGCCAGUGA